AUGAAGAAUGACCAAAGGUACUUUAUACAGAACCUAUCAUGUAAUGUUGUAAGAUGGAAGGAAGACUGCAAUGUUGUAGAGUUAAGAGGACCAAAUGUAAGGGAUAAUUUCAGACUCCCGGCUGCGAGUCGAAGUAACGUGACUUAUGCGGAAAUGGUUGCCGAUGAUGAAUCGUCUCCGCGGAGACAUGGAGGGGAGGGCAUUAGGAAAUCCGUCUCACGUUCAUCUUCAGCACCGAGUAUUGCCGGUACUAGAGCAUCGGUUUCGGGUUGUAACGAACCAAAGUCCUUGUCCUUGCAUGUUCAUGAUGAAGAACACGGUACAACUACAGGGCCAGAAACGGGAGGAGAAUAUUCCCCAGUAUCCAUCGAUGAAAGCGGAGACCAAAAAAACCAGCAUAGUCCGGAUGAAAAUUCGAAGCAACAUAACCAAAACGAUGAUUGGAUGGGGGGAAAUCCAGUGGAUCAAGUUUUCAAAAAUUCCCUUUGCUCAAUAUGCAAAAAUCUAAGGCCGAGGAUCGGAUGGAUGAGAGACUUCACGUAUGCAGAGCUCGUAGCUGCUACAGAAGGGUUCCAUGCUAAGAACUUCCUAUCCAAAGGUGGAUUUGGAUCCGUCUAUAGGGGAGAGAUCAAUGGGAUGAAAAUUGCUGUAAAGCAACACAAGUACAACACAAGUCUCCAGGGUGAGAAAGAAUUCAAAUCCGAAGUUAACGUGCUUCGGACGGCGAGACACGAGAAUUUGGUCAUGCUGGUUGGUUCUUGCUCCGAAGGAAACCACAGGCUACUUGUCUACGAAUACGUCUGCAAUGGUUCACUUGACCGUCAUUUAUCGAAGCACUCAAGAAGAACUCUUAGUUGGGAAAAGAGGGUUAAGAUAGCACUGGGAGCUGCAACGGGCUUGCAAUAUUUGCACGAAAACAAUAUCAUCCAUCGAGACAUAAGACCGAACAACAUCCUCGUAACCCACGAGUUCGAACCACUGCUGGGAGAUUUUGGCUUGGCAAGAACCCAACAUAAAGGUUCAGAUAAGUCAUCGGAGACGAUAACAAGAGUAGUUGGAACAUUAGGAUACUUGGCACCCGAAUACGCUGAAUGUGGUAAAGUGUCGACCAAGACAGAUGUUUAUUCCUUCGGAGUUGUGCUAUUGCAGCUCAUCACCGGAAUGAAGACCACAGACAAAAGGCUUGGAGGGAAAAGCCUUGUUGGAUGGGCAAGACCACUACUGAAGGACAGGAACUACCCGGAUUUGAUCGACGAAAGGAUCCUCGAUUCACAUGACGUUCAUCAACUGUUUUGGAUGGUUCGAGUAGCCGAGAAGUGUCUCAUCAAGGAUCCUAAGAAGAGAUUAUCAAUGGAUAAGGUAAGUUUUCAACAAGUUUAUUCAAAUCAUGAUUCAGUUGUUUUUGCCUUGAGCUACAUAACGAAUCCUGAAAGCACUUGUAGCAUCAAAGAUUUCUCACCUGCACAGUCAGAUACUGUGAGCAGGGCUCAUGUGAUUCACAACCGCAAUCACGAUCGCAAUCUCCCGGUGAUGAAGAUUCAGUCUUCACCAUAG